CGUGCGUCACUUCCUCUCCUCUUCCUGUUUAUUUUUUCCAUUCAACACUAAACACAACUACAUGUAGAACAGUUUAUUGAAAGACAUCUUUGACAAUAUAACGGUAUUUGCUUCUUAUGGAAACUGAAAAUAAAGCAAGCUGUGAAAUUCUCCCUCUCAGAUGGAAUUUCUACUAAACCAGUGUAGCUGAUGGCAGGAAGUGUGCCAGAAUGCUGCAUCAUUUUAAAACUGACUUUAAGCAUCAUCCAGUUGCCUGAUAAACUCUUAUUAGUUCUCCACUGCUGUACUGAGUGAGCAAACGCAUGUCUCGAAUCAGGACUACAUUGGACAGUGUCACCAAGGCAGUAGGCAGCACGGACUUCAUCUCCAAGUUUUCCCGCUUCAAGCCUACCAGUGCCUCAGUGGACAGCAGCACCCAUGUGGAAAAAGUUCUGACCAAAGCCGAGACAUUAACCUCUAACAACACAGCUGCAGAUCCACCACCUAAAACCACCAUGAAGGAAGCAGCAGAGGAGGAAUUAGGCGACGGUAAAACAGCUGAGGAAGAGCCAGACAAGCAGCAGCAGCAGGUUACAGACAAUCCCUUUGUUGCCUCAAAGAAGUCCUCAUCGGGAUUAAGCUCUUCCUUGACUGUGGCAAAACAAACUUCCCAGCCGUUUCACCCAGCAGGUCUGUCCAGCAACAUCGAUGAGACGUACAAAACUCUAGCUCAGCACAUCAAUACUUACUUUGGCAGCAGCGUACAAGAGCAAGAAGUAGACAACAAGCAACUCCAGCAGCAGCAGCCGUGCCGAGAAGGUGAUGCUCCUGUUUCAGAGCCCACUCUCAGCGCUCUUACAACUAAGGACCACAUUCCUAUUUUGUCUCCAGUGGCAAAGGUUAAAAGUAUUGAAGCACCCACUACCUCUCCUCCCAUCCCCUCUCCAUCUCCCCAAGACAAGCUCAGUCCUCCAGCAGGGAAGUCCUCUCCUGCCAUCCCUGCUACUGAAAGUGAAGCUCAGUCCCUCCCUGUGCCCGCUGCCUCCACUAAAAAAGGCUUCACCCACUACCUCUCCUACCCUCGGCCCAGCGUUCAGGCGUUCGUCGGCAGCUACAUCGCACCCCUGGUCCCAAAGUUCAGAGGUGAUACCAAAAGCAUCGCAGCUGAAAAAGACAAGCCUUCUGCAGUCGCUGUGGAGGAGCCCACUCCGGACAAGGCAGCAAAGAAAGCAAACAGUGAAGAGGAGAAAGUGAAGCAACAGCUGUUGAUUCAAAGAGAGAAGAUAAAAGCCAGGGUGAGUGUAGACAACCAGACCCGGUCUCUGGUGAAAGGCCUGCAGAGAGUGACUGAUGUCAAGCUCCUUACCCAACGAGUGGAGGAGCUCAGCUAUCACAUCCUGGAGUACCCCGAGACGCGAGGUGUUGCCAUCAAGGAAAGCGUGCUGCCCUGCCUGCUGAGACUGCGGCAGGCCAGAGACCUCCCCCUUCAGGCCUCUGUGAGAGAAGCACUGGCUCUGAUUGGCUACGCCGAACCAGUCAAAGGCAGAGGAAUCCGGGUCCUGACCAUAGACGGAGGCGGAACAAGGGGACUGCUGGCCCUGCAGACUCUGUAUAAACUGCAGAACAUGACCGGCAAGCCCAUCCACCAGCUGUUCGACUACAUCUGUGGAGUCAGCACCGGUGCUAUUUUGGCCUUCAUGCUGGGUAUUUUUCAGAUCCCGCUGGACGAAUGCGAGGAGAUGUACAGGAAGCUGGGCUCGGACGUCUUCAAACAGAACGUCAUCGUGGGAACCAUGAAGAUGGGCUGGAGCCACGCUUUCUACGACAGUGAAAUCUGGGAGAACAUCCUCAAGGAACGGAUGGGUGAGGGGCGUAUGAUUGAGAGUGCCAGGGACCCUCACUGCCCUAAAGUGUCAGCAGUGAGCACCAUUGUGAACAGGGGUUUACCUCUGAAGGCCUACACCUUUAGGAACUACAGACUCAUGCCAGGAGUGAGAUCCCACUACCUCGGAGACUGCAACCACAAAAUGUGGCAGGCGAUCAGGGCCUCGUCUGCCGCGCCGGGAUACUUCCAGGAAUUCGUCCUUGGAAAAGACCUCCAUCAGGAUGGAGGCCUCCUCAUCAACAACCCCACAGCGCUGGCCAUCCACGAGUGCAAGUGUCUGUGGCCUAACACACCGCUGCAGUGUGUGUUGUCUCUGGGCACGGGACGGUACGAGACGGCGGACAAGAACAGCACGACCUACACGAGCCUCAAGACCAAGCUCACACACGUCAUCAGCAGUGCCACGGAUACGGAGGAGGUGCACACCAUGCUGGACGCCCUCCUCCCCCCUGACACUUACUUCCGCUUCAACCCCUACAUGAGCGAGGACAUCCCGCUGAACGAGAGCCGCCCCGAGAAGCUGAACUUCCUCAAGGGCGAGGGCGAGCGCUACCUGGAGCGCAACCAGGCCAAACUGAGGAAGGCGGCCAGCGUGCUCUGCCAGGAGAAGAGCACCAUCCAGAGGGUGGCCGAGUGGGCCAAGCUCAAGGCCGAAAUGUACGAGGGGCUCCCGUUCAGCUCCAAGCUGUAGUUAUCUGCCUGGCAACAGUGUGGGUUUUUAAGGUAAGAAGACGUGGAGUGUUAAAUCUCCCAAGACCUGAUUGAUUCGGGCCAAACUGGACCUAUAUUUUUAAGCAGCAUGGUAACUUUUUUUUAAUCAUCAUCUCCACUAAAAUGACUAUAAUUAAGAUGAUUACUUAAAAAGACGAUACUGUACUGUAAAUAAUAGUGUGAAAUUACAAAUAUGGUGUGUUUUUAUCUGGAGCGAAUAUGUCUUGGAUGGAGACGGAGUAUUCACUUUGAUGAGAUUUAAUGAAAUCAUUUACUUGAACAAUCACAGAAAGGAAUUGCUCUCUGUACCUAAAUGUAUGAAUUUGAACUGGCUCAAAGUGUGGGUCGACUGAACGCACAAGGACAGCAGUGUUGCAAUGACCAUGUGAUGAAGAAUUGAUGAUAAUAUGAUCACUGAGGAUAUUUAGAAAUGGACUGACUUGAAUACAUUAAGAUGUAAUGAACACAUGGUUGCACCAUUAACACGACUGCCUAUUUCUACAGGAGAAACACCUCAUGCACUUUGUAAAAUAGAAUUCUUAACCAAGAAAAUGUAAAUACUUGAAGUAAUUAUGAAAUACUUAAAUGGGGUUACAAGAAUUUAGGAAUACAGCAAAAAAAAAAUACUGCUGAUUUUUAUUUUCGUGGAAUCUGUUCUGAGGACAAUAUAUCAGAAUGAGAUUUAAUGUUCUCCUCAUGGUUAAAAAGCAUGUUCUCCAUUGUGGCCCAUGAAGCUGUUGCCUUUAACCUUCCUUUAAUUCCUCUUCCUCCCCAAAAAUGUACACAAUAUUUACAUUGUGAGAAGUCUAAUCCCCCUGAUACCUCCCCUAAUUUAUGGCUUGGUUGAAUGCGAUAAGAAAUGCCAUGAAAAAAUAAAACUUGGGUUUUCAAAAAUGUUGAUAGAAAUUCU